AUGCGGCUUGUCGGCGUCCUGGUUUGGGCCUUCCUGGUGUUCUCGCCUCGGAUUCAUCAAGUGCGCGCCGACUUCACGCUCACCGUGUUGCACACGAACGACGUGCACUCGCACAUUGACGAGAGCAGCAAGUACGGCGGUCUCUGCACCGAAAACCGGGAGCAGUGCGUCGGUGGCAUCGCCAGGAUAGUAACCAAAGUAAAAGAGCUAAAGAAAACGUAUCCAAAUACAAUAUUUGUGAACGCCGGCGACUUCUUUCAAGGCACAGCUUGGUACACUGUGCUGCAAUCAGCACUUGUGUCUGAAGUGAUGAUCGCGAUGGGCUACGACUACGCGUGCCUCGGGAACCACGAGUUCGACAAUGGACCCCGAGGACUGGCUCCAUUCCUCGAAAAAGUCUCCCGUUCAUCUCUCAAGAUAGUCAGCUGCAACACCGACUUUUCUCGCUCUAGCAGUCUGCGCCACAUCGACGUACCAAAGUCGAUCAUGGCGAGGAUGCAGAAUACCAGGAUUGGAAUAAUUGGCGCCGUUACUGAGGACACCAAGGUCCUUUCCAACCCAGGGUCAGUUGAAUUCCUCGACGUGGCUAAGUCGGUACAGAGAGAAGCGACGGUGCUGAAGAAGAUGGGCGCCAAGAUUGUCAUAGCCAUCACGCACAUCGGCUAUAUGCAGGACAUUGAACUGAUGCGAAACAUCACCGGCGUGGACUUGAUUAUCGGUGGCCACACGAACACAUUUCUAUACAAUGGAAAUGAUCACCCGCCCGAAAACGUACCUGUCGGUCCUUACCCAACGACAGUGAAGAUGAGAGAUGGCACAACUGGUCUCGUCGUUCAAGCAUUCUGGUUCGGCAAAUAUCUCGGUUUUCUCAGAGUCACUUUUGACGACAAAGGGAGAGUCAAGUCCUGGUCGGGAAAUCCGAUUCUGAUCAAUUCGUCGAUCCCGGAAGACCCUUACAUAUUGAGUGUAAUCGAGCCGCACCGCGAGACGGUGUACCAAGCAAUGCGUCUACGCGUGGGCAGCUCGAGAGUGUCCCUGGAGCACGCUGAGGACGUGUGCCGGCUGCGCGAGUGCAACCUGGGAAACCUCGCGGCCGACUCGUACUUUCACUACUAUUCCAACAGGAAGCCACGCUCCCGCAACGUGUGGUCGAACGUGAAUGCGGCUGUCGUGAAUGGGGGUAGUCUGCGCGCACCAAUUCCAAGAACAGCGAGUGUGACGAUGGGAGACGUCUUGUCGGCGCUGCCUUUCGGUCAGACAAUCGUCGUCGCAACAAUGAGUGGAAAGAGCCUCAGGAAGAUGAUGGAGUACUCGGUGGCGACGUACAACGUUUCUUCACCAGCCGGUUCCUUCCUUCACGUGUCGGGUAUGAAAGUUGCGUUCAAUAUGACACGACCGGCCUACGAUCGACUUGUCCGGCUAGAGAUCCUUUGCACCAGAUGCUACGUUCCCAAAUACGAAGAUGUCCGGGACGACGCCGUGUACAACAUCGCCACGACCGAUUUCCUGGCCAAGGGUGGAGAUGGUUUCGACGUGUGCGCUAACGUCAGCGAAGGAGGUCCGGUUGAGUACGAGCUCCUGGUCGACUACAUCAAGCAGAUGUCUCCAAUCAAAGCCGCCAUUGAAGGUCGGGUCGUGCUACAAGGAAUAAAGACCAAGGCAGUCGUGGAAAAGGAACUGACGUAUUAAGAUUGCAAAUAAAAUUGCAAAGCAGAUUU